GAAUAUCGGGUGGAGAUUAUACGGGUCGUCCCUCCUACUCUCCAUUGAUAGACCUGUAUAAACGGCUGCCUACGGGAGACUAGGGAUCCACCAGCUUUAGCGCCUGCCUACUCUGCUUCGAAACUGAUCUUGCCGUUCGAUCCAGUACGGUAUGACACUACUGGACCCUUUACAGUCACAGAAAGGAGCUCUUAUUUAGCCCCACGCCUCUUGUAGCUGGCUACUCUACUAUGACCGGUGCUGAAGCUAUUCAAGCAGCUCGUAAUGCCAAGUCACUUCCCUAUGACGUUCUCUUGGAUUUGUUCACUUUCCUAGAUGCCACCGACAUAGUGAACUUCCUGAGCAGCUCCAAGUUGCUUUACUCUCAUAUCCUGGAUGAGACCAUAUGGCGAAAGCUUUCUGCUCGUUAUGGCGUGCGAGAUCUCUCCAUAUUCGGCGGUCACACCUGGUACGAUGUCUAUACUUGCCUCCUUCACACUUAUGGCCCCCUGUUGGGCUUAUGGGCGAAUGACUACCCAUUCAGAGGAAACAUCAUGGAAUGUCGUAUCAAUGUGGAUCGGAAGUGGUAUGGGAUUAUUUGUGAAGUAUGGAAGUUUCCAGCAGGUAAUGAUCUACCGGACAAUGACCGUGAUCCAUCUUUGCCUUCAUAUCACGAGUCAUUCCGCAUCGUUUUGACUAGGGAGGGAAUUGAUGCGUCCGGGACUGGAUGUCGCACGCGAAUUCAGUGGUAUCCACAUAGUCAACAAGGCGUUUCGUUCGACGAUAUGGACAGACAUCAAACACCGUCGCUGCACCUUCUCUCUCCCACAAAUCAGGCCACGUUCGUACACAUCGGAGAAAAUAUCGCCAUCCUGGCGGGUGGAGAGCAUCCUCGGAUGACAGGCCGGCUUCCUGACUUCCCAGGAACUGAGACUGUCUGGUAUGAACACAGCCGUGAAUGUCCCCGUAUGCCUCAGGAGCCAUCAUUUGAAUGUUUGGAUAGCCGAGAAUUUCUUUCACAGAGUGCUCGAACUCGUGCUAGCUAUAUGUAUUCUGCCCGCGUAGCUCACACAUUCCCCCCAGCCUUAAGCAUCUACCCGCAUCCAGAUCGUGGGGAUCCUUUGCGACUUCAUACGCCACAACUACCUAGGAUACUCCUAGAUUUGCGAGGCACUUCCACUGGAGAUGGUGGGAGUAACGUGCCUGUCAGGAAUCGCUACUACCCUCUUCGAAGUCCUGUCAGAGAGGCUCCCACUACCGAUGUUGGUGCUUCAGACUGGGACCCGACAGUUCUGGAAGGGAUCUGGCUCGGAGGGUAUGGGGCUCAUGGAACAGAAGUACUAUUCCUGGAGUGGAGCUCAGAGGGGAAGGAAGUUCGAGCAUGGAAGGUAACAGGCGAUGUGAACGUUCCUCGUGGGGCUAUAAGUUGGCGAUUCGAAGUGGCAGAGGACCAGCCUGAUAUUCUCGCCAAUGCCUUCGAAGAAUUACAUCCAAGAGCGCUAUACAGGGGAGUGGGGACGAUUAGCAGCUUUGGUUUCCUACCCGGUGAACAGGCCGAAACGCCACUAUAUGUGGCAUUAAUGGACUGGGAUGACAUUAGGGUCAGAUGGCCGGAGCUGCUAUCGACUUCCAGGUUCCGGCGGUAUAAAGGGAGGGAUCUUGCAUCUGAGCAGGUAAACGGCGGCAUGCGCAAGCCAACACCAUGGCUCUAGUUGCGAUCAAUAAAUAUAGAUGGUUAGUGAAUCGAGAUCAAGUGUCCUGAAUAGGCGUUUGACGUGAUUAUCUUAUACGAGUGCUUAGCGCAGGAUCGUGAUACAAGAAAAGGAUACUUUACACAGCAGUCGACAAACGCUAAUUCAGUGCUUGGGGACACGUCUGCGUCUCUCUAUUCCACAGAGAAUGCAGACACCCACAGAAUGCCUCACUUCCCAGCUUCUGAUCCAAUAUUGGUGACCUUUAUCAGGAAGAGUACAUUGUAUGCCUAGGUUUAAAGGUGAGAGAUUUGACAUGGCAUAGGAUGCCGCAGCCUUAUGCAUAGCAACAGCCAUGACAUGUUAUACUUACCGGGAACCAUAUGAUAUAGAAUAGAACUUAUCGAAAGAUGUAAAAUCCCUCAUAUUCAUUCAAGAAAUGAAGU